AUGAACAAUGACCUCACGCCAACCUCAGCAGUGGACUCCCUGCCCCACUCGUCCACAUCAGAGAACGCGAGCAACGAGCCCACUGGCGACACAGCGGCACCUCAAGAGCAACAGCAGAAUCGACAGACACGCGCCCAGAAGAGAGCUGAGGCCCAGCUCAAGAAAAAAUAUGAGUUUAUCGAUUCUCUGAUGACAAACAUCGAUGUCCUGAUUUACGUGGAGCUAUGCAUCCUGUAUUACAUGGACUGUUCGCUCUUCCGCUUUCUCCUCCGGACCUUCGCGCAAAUGGCAUUCCUGACGCCCAAACCGAACUUCGUCCCUCCAAUGCCCCAGCAUCGUCCGUAUAUUGGUGCCAUCUUUGGCCCCAACAUCAUCUGCGCACUCCUGCACAUCUUUACAGCGCGACCCCAGGCGGGGGAAUCUAUGAGAGGGUAUCUACAUGGUGGGAUUAUCAUCGACCUUAUUGGGUACAAGGGGCCGACGUCAAAGCUGCACCUAUUGCUCUUAGAUAUAUUGGUUCUGGCGCUACAGUGCUUCAUGCUAGCAGUCCAUGUGGAAAGGGAGAAGCUCUUAAAGAUAUUAGCUGUGCUCUCAAACCCAUUUUCGACCAGAGAUCAACUUCGUGUUGAGGUUCUGUCCGCUCAGGAUCAUGAUGCAGAAGAACGAGGCUUUAUGCGGGAAAGCGUAAUGGAUAAUGGUGAUAUUGAGAUGCAGGCGAUGGCUUCUCACAAUGAUGGGCCCUCGACGCGUAAUGAGGCUGGGACUGAGCCAGAUCAGGACCGUGCAUCUCUUUUGGAAGAACCGCCACCACGAGAUGGGUCCGGGAAUGAUGAAAGUCCUUUGGAUACGUUCUGGGCAGGUUCGGCCAUAGUGGCAGAUUUUCAUGUCUUUGCUACGAUUAGGAAACAGUGGGACGAUUAUGGAAACGCAUCGGCAUCUGCUCUGCAGACGGUCGGAUUCUCUGCUGAAUUUGCGGCAGUAACUGCAAAUCGGCGUAUAAAUGCUGCAAGUCAACGUUUCCAGAGGAGCGUUGAAUCACUUGCUGGAUGA